CCGUCAUUUCUGUUGCCUGGCAAAAGAAAGGAAGAGAAGGAAUACAACCUUUUGCUGGAAAGCUAGUGUAUGUAAUUAAUUAGGUCAACGUUUUCUUUUACUCUUUUUGGUCCUUCGUUAUGGGGAUAGAAAUCAACAGAUUUCAAGGUGAAGUAGAUGAGGAACUGUUGUGUCCAAUUUGCUCCUCCGUUCUCGAAAAUCCUUUACAGGCACCACAUUGUGAGCAUGCAUUUUGCUCUGCAUGCAUUCAUGAAUGGCUUUCCAGACAACCAACUUGUCCUGUUGACAGACAAAACAUAACACCCCCUCAGCUAAGGCCAGUGCCAAGAAUACUUCGUAAUCUCCUAUAUAGACUACAACUUACUUGCGACAACUCUGUCUAUGGGUGCACAGCAAUAUUGAAGUUAGAUGCCCUAGAGUCUCACGUACAAGAAUGCGAGUUCAAUCCAAAACGACCUGUGCCAUGUGAACUUGGCUGCGGGCUAGUAGUGCCCAAAGAUGAGUUGAAAGAACACAAUUGUGUGAGGGAGCUGCGAUCUCUGAUGCAGGCCCAGCAAUCAAAACUUGUGGAAGUGCAGGCUGAAGUAGCCGAAAGCAAAUUUCAGAUGGGAGAACAGAAACGAGAACUUCAACUCUUGAAGGACUAUAUGCUAGCCAUGAGAAAUGCUAAUCCGUCGCUGCGUAUUCUAGCUGACCAGAUGGAAGCCGAUGAAGUGAGACGCUGGGCCGAAACGCUUCCCAAAGCAAGAGUCCUACGUUGGGGGGGCAUGAUCUCGACUCCCGACACAGUGCUACAGUUACAGGCAAUGAUCAAGAGAGCCCUUUCCGAGUCGGGUUGCCCUCCGCACAUCAUCCAAGACUUGAUGGAGAACGCUCACGAAAGGAGAUGGCCCACGGGAUUGUCAUCACUGGAGAUACGCCAACUAAACCGACGUCAAUAUGAGAACUAUGUCUGCCGACGGAUUCCGGGCAAACAAGCCGUCGCUGUCAUGGCUUGCGACAACGGACACAUGAAUCCCGACAUGAUAUUGGAACCAGGUCUCAUCAUGAUUUUUGCUCACGGUGUAGAGUGACACAAUUCCAGCUACCAGAAAUUCUCCGCAGCGUCUUAUUCAUUCAACAUGUCUAUAGUGUCCACGCAGUCGGCUGGACCACCCAGCGAACCGCCAUUACUUAAUAUAUCCUUUGGCAUUUAGUUUUUUUUCCCUAGAUUUUUCUUCUCAUCCGAUUAGUUUGUCCCCUCUUAGAUCAGGUUCAGUCGAAGCUAUUAUCAUUUAACGUUUUUUUUCCACCAGAUCUUUGUUCCAGCAAUGUUCUCUCCGAGCAGCGAAUGUAUCGAAAUGUUCUUAUAUGCUUUCUGUUCAUAACUGAUUUCUUGAUAUGUAAUGUUUGGUGGAAUUUAUUUCCUUUUUUUGUUUUGUAUGUGCAAAUGAUUAUUAAUCAUCAAUGAGUUGUCACAUAAGUGAUAUGAAAAUAAUAACUGAAAAGUCUAUCAUGUU